AGUCCCUGCGCUCCCGCGGGCAGGGCCAGGCCCGGCCCCAGCCCCGCUGCGCCACCGGGCCCUGCCCGGGGUGGGAGAGGAGGAGGAGGAGGAGGGACUCCGCAGCGGCAACAACUGACGUGUCCCCGCCAUGGAGCUCGGCGUGAUUCAUCAGCGGCGGCGGGGCGGCAGCGGGAUGCCGCGCUCCGCUCCCGCGUAGGCACUGCUGCGGCGGGGGCAGCCUCGGCACGGCUCUGCCGCCCGCACCGCCUUCCUCCUCCUCCUGCUCGCCGCCUGCUUCUCUUCCCCCGCGGCUAGGCGAAGAUCCCGAGGGAGGCAAGAUGGAAGAAAUCCUGCGAAAGCUGCAGAAGGAGGCGUCGGGGAGCAAGCACAGGGCCAUCAAGGAGAGCUGCACCUGGGCCAUCGAAACCUUGGAUUCUCCUGAUGCUGCUAUCAAGAUACCUCCAUAUCAGCUAAGGGAGAAGUGUCUUCUUCCUCUUCAACUGGCUCUGGAAUCCAAGAGCAUGAAGCUGGCCCAACAGGCUCUAGCAGGGAUGCAGAAGCUGCUGUCUGAUGAGAGGUUUAUAUCCGUGGAAACAGACUCAGAUGAGAAACAGUUGCUUAAUCAGAUGCUGAAUGCCGUCAAAGUGACUCCUUCACUCAAUGAAGACCUGCAAGUUGAAGUGAUGAAGGUCCUGCUCUGUAUAACAUAUACCUCUACAUUUGAACUGAAUGGGAGUUCAGUGUUGAAGAUUGCUGAGGUUUGCAUUGAGACAUAUGUAUCUAGCUGUCACCAGCGGAGCAUUAACACCGCUGUGCGGGCAACCCUCAGCCAAAUGUUGAGUGACUUGACUUUACAGUUACGACAAAAGCAAGAAAACAUGACAAUUGAAAACCCUGACACCCUGCAAAAAUUCAAGAGUCAAGGUACUUCAGUGGAGUCUCUUUGUGAUGAUGUUGUAUCUGUCCUCACUGUGCUCUGUGAGAAGCUCCAGGCUGUCAUAAAUGACAAUCAGCAACUUCAGCUUCUUUACUUGGAGUGCAUCCUUUCCAUGUUAAACAGCUUCUCUCCCAGCAUGCGCCAGCACAAAGGAUUCACUGACCUAAUAUGGAAGCAACUGUGUCCAGCCCUAGUAGUAAUCUUGGGAAAUCCAAUCCAUGACAAAACUAUCACCUCUGCCCACAGCAACAUCUGUCUUGAGGCUGAUUCACCUUCCUCAGGGAUCUCUGAUCAUGGCCGAGGUUCGGGUUGUUCCUCCACAGCACCUGCCCUUAGUGGGCCCGUUGCACGGACCAUAUAUUAUAUUGCAGCAGAACUGGUUCGACUGAUGGGGUCUGUGGAAUCCAUGAAGCCUGUGCUACAGUCUCUAUAUCACCGGAUUUUGCUUUACCCACCACCUCAACAUCGAGUAGAAGCCAUCAAAAUUAUGAAAGAGAUACUUGGCAGUCCUCGUCAGCUUUGUGAUUUGGCAGGGCCCUGCUCUUCUGAGUCAGAAUCCAAGAAGAGGUCUAUUUCUAAAAGGAAGUCCCAUCUGGAUCUUCUCAAGCUUAUCAUGGACGGGAUGACGGAAGCGUGCAUCAAAGGUGGUAUUGAAGCAUGUUAUGCUUCCGUGUCCUGCGUCUUUGCCCUGCUUGGAGCAUUAGAUGAACUGAGCCAAGGGAGAGGUCUUAGUGAAGAACAGGUCCAGCUGCUGCUCCAGCGCUUAGAAGAAUUGAAGGAUGGGACUGAGACGAGCAGGGACUCCAUGGAGAUCAAUGAUGCUGACUUCAGGUGGCAGAGGCGCAUCCUGUCCUCAGAAAAUCCUGCCUGGGAAUCAGGAAAUGAGAAGAGUCCUGAUAUUAGCAUUAGUGUUACCACAGACACUGGUCAGACUACUUUGGAAGGGGAUAUGGGACAGACGACUCCAGAGGAUAAUCCAGAAAGUCAAAAAAACUCACUGCCGUCUCCAGCUGGACAUGAAAGCAAAGAGAUUCAUUACAGAGAACCAGAGUCAGAAACCAUUGACCAGCCAGAUGUUGUUCAAAGAAGCCACACCAUAGUCUAUCCAGAUAUAACUAAUUUCUUAUCAGUUGAUUGCAAGACCCGGUCCUAUGGAUCCAGAUACAGUGAAAGUAACUUCAGUGUAGAUGACCAGGACCUUUCUAGGACUGAGUUUGAUUCAUGUGAUCAGUAUUCCAUGGCAGCAGAAAAGGAUUCAGGCAGGUCUGAUGUCUCAGACAUAGGCUCUGACAAUUGCUCCCUGGCUGAUGAGGAGCAAACACCACGUGAUUGUCCAGGUCACAGGUCCUUACGUACUGCUGCUCUCUCUCUGAAAUUGCUGAAAAGCCAAGAAGCAGACCAACACAGCGCACGGCUGUUUAUCCAGUCACUUGAAGCUCUCCUUCCUCGGCUUAUAGCUCUUCCCAGCAUAGAAGAAGUGGAUGGAGCACUGCAGAGCUUCUCUUCAACAUUCUGCUCAGGUAUGAUGCACUCACCAGGAUUUGAGGGAAACCUAAGUUUCAACUUCCAGACCCUGAUGAAUGCAGACAGUCUCUAUGUGGUAUCACACUACAUUCUGCUGCUUAACCUAAAAUUGGCCAACUCAGAUUACUACAGGAAGAAGCCUGCCCAAGCCCCUGUCUUGCUGAAGGAGUUCAUGAAGCAGGUCCAGUCCAGUGGAGUGUUGAUGGUAUUUUCCCAGGCCUGGGUUGAAGAACUGUACCACCAGGUGCUAGAAAGGAACAUGCUGGGGGAAGCCGGAUACUGGGGAAGCCCUGAGGAGCACAGUCUUCCACUUAUCAGCAUGCUGACUGACAUCGAUGGCUUGGGAAGCAGUGCAAUUGGUGGCCAAUUGAUGGCAUCAGCUUCAGCUCAAUCUCCUCUUUCCCAAAACCGGAAGACAGACGAUUCUGUUGUUGCAGGAGUUGCUUUUGCCCGAUACCUUUUAAUCGGCUGUUGGAAGAACUUGAUUGACACUUUGUCCACCCCACUGACCGGCCGCAUGGCAGGCAGCUCCAAGGGGCUGGCCUUCAUCUUGGGAGCAGAAGGAGCCAAGGAGCAGAACCAAAAGGAGAAGGACUCCAUCUGCAUGAGCCUAGAUGGACUGAGGAGGGCAGCCCGGCUGAGCUGUGCUCUAGGAGUUGCUGCUAAUUGUGCAUCUGCUCUUGCCCAAAUGGCUGCUGCCUCCUGUGUCCAAGAAGAGAAAGAGGAAAAAGAAAUCCAAGAACCUAGUGAUACUAUAGCUCAAGUGAAACAGAAAGUGGAGCAGAAACUGGAGCAGAUGGGGAAAAUGCAGGGAGUCUGCUUGCACACUGCUCAUGUUUUGUGUAUGGAUGCAGUCCUUAAUGUGGGUCUGGAGAUGGGAAGCCACAAUCAAGACUGUUGGCCUCAUGUGUUCAGGGUGUGCGAGUACAUCAGCACUCUGGAGCACACCCACUUCAGUGAUGGUGCUUCCCAGCCCUCUCUUACCAUCACCCAGUCACAGCAGGCACCUGGAGGGCUACACCCAGACUCUGAGCCUGGUGACUCUCCUCAGGCACUCACCCCCGAGCAGGAGACCACCCUCAGCAGCCAUCCUGUCAUUCAGCCCGUUUCUAUCCAGGAUCUCAUCAAGGACAACAGUAAGGGCAGAGCUUUUGAAUUCCGUGGAGGCAGUCUGCUGUGUGGGACCAGUGCUGCCAAGGCUGUUCUCACGCUCUCCACACAAGCUGACAGACUCUUUGAAGAUGCUGCUGACAAGUUAAACUUGACGGCAUUGGCAGGCUUCCUUUACCAGCUCAAGAAGGCUUCUCAGGCCCAGCUUUUCCAUUCAGUCACAGAUACAGUUGAUUACUCACUAGCAAUGCCAGGUGAAGUAAAAUCUACCCAGGACAGGAGAAGUGCACUUCACUUGUUCCGACUUGGUGAUGCCAUGCUCAGAAUUGUAAGGAGUAAAUCUCGCCCGUUGCUCCACCUCAUGCGCUGCUGGAGCCUGGUGGCACCUCACCUUGUAGAGGCUGCCUGUCAUAAGGAGAGGCAUGUGUCUCGAAAGGCUGUCUCCUUCAUCCACGACAUCCUCACUGAAGUGCUGAUGGACUGGAAUGAGCCUUCUCACUUUCACUUUAAUGAGGCACUUUUCCGCCCCUUUGAGCGCAUCAUGCAGCUAGAGCUUUGUGAUGAGGAUGUUCAAGACCAGGUGGUCACCUCUAUAGGUGAGUUGGUGGAAAUGUGUUCUACCCAGAUCCAAUCGGGAUGGAGACCCCUGUUCAGCGCCCUGGAAACAGUGCACAGCAGCAGCAAGUCAGAGGUUAAAGAGUACCUUGUAGGAGAAUACUCUAUGGGAAAACGCCAGGCUCCGGUGUUUGAUGUCUUCGAAGCAUUUCUAAACACAGACAGCAUCCAGGUCUUUGCCAAUGCUGCCACCAGUUAUAUUAUGUGCCUUAUGAAGUUUGUCAAAGGACUGGGGGAAGUAGAUUGUAAAGAAAUUAGUGACUGUAUGCCAGGAUCAGGAUCUGCAUCUACAGACUUGUGCCUUCCUGCACUUGAUUACCUCAGGAGAUGUUCUCAGUUGUUAGCCAAAAUCUAUAAAAUGCCCUUGAAACCCAUCUUCCUCAGUGGUAGGCUGGUUAACUUGCCCCGAAGAGCGCAGGAACAGUCAGCCAGCAGUGAGGAUGGUAUUGAAUGCAUCCUUUCUGACUUUGAUGACGACACUGGCCUUAUCAAUGUCUGGAUUAUUCUGCUGGAAGAAUUAACAACUGCCAUAUCCAACUGUCCCCGUCAACACCAACCUCCUACUUUGGAUCUGCUUUUUGAACUGCUGAGGGACGUUGCCAAGACACCCGGACCGGGAUUUGGCAUUUACGCAGUUGUACAUCUUCUUCUUCCCACGAUGUCUCUUUGGCUCCAUCGCAGCCAUGGUGAUCAUUCUUACUGGGAUGUAGCAUCUGCUAAUUUCAAGCAUGCCAUUGGCCUUUCCUGUGAACUUGUAGUGGAGCACAUUCAAAAUUUCAUACACUCAGAUAUUGGUUAUGAAAAUAUGAUCAAUACUAUGCUGAAAGAUCUUUUCAAGUUGCUGGUAGCCUGUGUAGCAGAACCAACAGAAAUUAUUUCCAGAGUUGGCUGCUCUUGUAUCAGGUAUGUGUUAGUGACAGCAGGGCCUGUUUUUACGGAAGAGAUGUGGAGGCUUGCCUGUUGUGCCUUGCAGGAUGCCUUCUCUGCCACUCUGGAGCCAGUAAAGAACCUGUUGGGCUAUUUCCACAGUGGUUCUGAAAGCUUUAGUGGAGAUGCCUGUGAAGUGAAGGUGGCAGCCCCCUCUCUCUCGCCAAGUGCUGAAGCUGAAUACUGGAGAAUCAGAGCCAUGGCACAACAGGUCUUCAUGCUGGAGACUCAGUGCUCCCCAAAGACUCCUAGCAACAAGGAAGGGUUUGAACAUGCCCAGUCAUGUGUGCUCAUCAUUGACCUGCCACCAGAUAAGAAACCAAAUGGACAUAGCCAGAGAAGGAAGCUGGGUAUUCCUUUCAGGACGAUAGUGGUGAGCUUGCUGUCCCACCAAGUACUGCUCCAGAAUUUAUAUGACAUCUUAUUGGAAGAAUUUGUGAAAGGCCCUUCUAACUUGGAGGAGAAAAUGACAAUACAAGUACCAGAAAACAAGUUGGCUGGUUUUCUCAGGUACAUCUCCAUGCAAAACCUGGCUGUCAUCUUUGACUUACUGCUGGACUCCUACAGAACAGCCAGAGAGUUUGACACGAGACCUGGUUUGAAGUGUUUGCUGAAAAAAGUAUCUGGCAUAAGUGGAGCUGCCAAUUUGUAUCGACAGUCAGCAAUGAGCUUCAACAUCUACUUCCAUGCCUUGAUCUGUGCAAUCCUGACAAACCAGGAGAACAUCACUGCAGAGCAAGUGAAAAAGAUCCUCUUUGAAGAUGAUGAGAGAAGCACAGACUCAUCACAGCAGUGUUCUUCAGAAGAUGAAGACAUUUUUGAAGAGACUGCCCAGGUCAGUCCCCCCCGAGGGAAGGAGAAGAGGCAGUGGAGGGCUCGAAUACCAUCUCUGAGCGUGCAACCCGUCAGCAAUGCGGACUGGGGGUGGCUAAUCAAGCGGCUUCAUAAGCUCUGCAUGGAACUGUGCAACAACUAUAUCCAGAUGCAUCUGGACCUGGAGAAUAAUGUAGAGGAGCCUCCAGUGUUCAAAGGUGACUCCUUCUUCAUUUUACCAUCUUUUUACUCAGAAACCUCCACCCCAUCAACUGGAGGGCUAUCUGGAAAGGACACACCAUCAGAGGAUGACCGCAGUCAAAUCAGGGACCAACUGGGAGACAGCCUGACAGCUCGAGGAGGAAGUGGAGAAAUGCUGCUGCUCCCCCCACCCUUAAGUCCUAAACCAGAGAAAAAAGAGCAAACCAAGAAAAAAGAAUGGUGGGAGAGUGCUGGCAAUAAAAUCUACACCAUAGCCACUGACAAAACCAUCUCCAAGCUCAUGACAGAAUACAAGAAGAGAAAGCAGCAACAGGCCAUGACAUCCUUCACCAAAGAGAUCAAAGUGGAAAAGAAAGGGGAGCUCUUGGGUUCAAGAGGGCCAGAUUCACCUGUACUCCAGCGGCCACAACAUCUUAUAGAUCAAGGUCAAAUGAGGCAUUCAUUCAGUGCUGGUCCAGAGAUCCUGAGACAAGAGAAAAGACCACGCUCAGGAUCUACAGUCAGCUCCUUGAAUAUAUCUGUUAGGGAUGCUGAGGCCCAGAUACAGGCAUGGACCAACAUGGUGCUGACAGUUCUCAACCAGAUUCAGGCCCUGCCAGACCAAACUUUCACAGCCCUGCAGCCAGCAGUCUUCCCCUGUAUCAGCCAGCUGACUUGCCAUGUGACAGAUAUCCGUGUCCGUCAGGCAGUACGGGAAUGGCUGGGAAGAGUGGGCCGAGUUUACGAUAUCAUCAUUUAAACCAAGCAGUGCUCUGUUGCAAAGGGCAAAAGGCAUUCAAGGUAUACAGCAAAGAAGCAUUUGGGGUUCAUUAGUUGCCUAUUUGUUGGUCGUAAAUUAAGAAACAAUGAGCUUGUUGAUUUAUGUCAUCCACUUGAGAUUGUGUGUUCCUCGCUCACACUAGCAAAGGAGGCAAAACAUGAGUCUGUCCAAGUGUCUGGCAUAGCCCCAGAACCCAGAAACUACCAGUAAGUCAGGCUGGUACCUGAAGGGGUGAUAGAUUUCAGUACCCUUCAUUUUAAUUCAAAUUUGCGACGGUGGGAGCCACAAGAAACUGCAGCAGAACUUCCACACUUGCAAUUAGCUGUGAAUGCAACUGUCAUGUGGAUGUCAAACCAG